CAAUGGCUCUCAUCUCUUCAAAAAACCCAUCAUUUCUCAUCUUCUUCGUUAUCUUGUUUUCCUUCCUUCUCCCAUCUUCUGUCUUUGCAACUACUCAAAAAUGCAUUCAAGAACACUUCUCUGCCUUACUUCACUUAAAGAAUGGCUUUCACUUCUCUUCCUACAGCCUCUCUACUCUCUCCUCAUGGAAUUCAAACAAUACCGAUUGCUGCUCUUGGGAAGGCAUCACGUGUGAUGGAGCAACUGGUCACGUCGUCACACUCGACCUCAGUAGACUGGGUAUCUCUGGUCGGAUUGAUUCUGAAAGCCUCUUUAGGCUUCGGAGCCUCCAGACGCUCAACCUCGCUUACAAUGCGUUUGCUGCCUCUCCAAUCCCUCCUGGGUUUGACCAGCUCACCAGUUUGACCCAUCUCAACCUCUCUUCUUUGAGAUUCUAUGGCCAAAUCCCGCUGGAAAUCUCCCGCUUGACCAGUUUGGUUUCUCUUGAUCUUUCUUACACUUACUAUAGAAAUGAUUCUAGAAUUCUACCCUUGAAACUCGAAAACCCAAACAUUGGAAUACUCGUCCAAAACCUGUCGAGUCUGAGAGAACUGUAUCUCUUCCGUAUAAAUAUCUCAGUGCAGGGAAGUGAGUGGGGCCCAGCCUUAUUCUUGUCACUCCCUCGUCUCCGCAAGUUAAGGUUACUAGCUUGUGACCUGUCAGGCUCCAUCUAUUCUCCCCUUUCACAGCUCCAUUUCUUAUCUGAACUCGACCUCAGCUAUAACAAUCUCUCCUCUGCAGUGCCCAGCUUCCCAGGGAGUCUCCGCAAGUUGAUCUUACGGGCGUGUGGUCUUUCAGGCUCUAUCUAUUCUUCCCUUUCACAGCUCCAUUUCUUAUCUGAACUCGACCUACUUGGAAACAAUCUCUCCUCCACAGUGCCCAGCUUCCCAGGGAGUCUCCGCAAGUUGAUCUUAUAUAAUUGUGGUCUUUCAGGCUCCAUCUAUUCUUCCCUUUCACAGCUCCAUUUCUUAUCUGAACUUGACCUCGGUCAAAACAAUCUCUCUUCUGUGCUGCCCAACUUCAUAGGGAACUUUUCUUCUGUAACGGUACUAGGCCUUGAAAAUUGCAGCCUGUCUGGAUCCUUACCAUCCUUCCUUGUGAACCUCAGCAAACUAGAGCACCUGGAUCUUUCAUUCAAUAGUUUCAGCGGCCCAAUUCCUUCUUCUUAUGGAAACCAGCUUCUUAAUCUCAAAAAGAUCAUCUUGUGGAAUAAUUUGCUUAAUGGGACCAUUCCGUCAUCAUUGUUUUCACUCCCAUCAUUACAGUACCUGGAUCUUGAAGGUAACAAGCUGGGUGGUCGGCUUGACAUUAUCUACAAUGCCUCCUCUACACAGUUGGAGGUCAUUUUUUUGAAUCGCAACAACUUUCAGGGAAUGGUGCCAAGCUUUAUCUUUAAAUUUAUGAAGCUUAGAAUCAUUUACCUUUCUUUCAACAAUUUCAGCGGUGUUGUGGAGCUAGAAUCAUUUCAAAAAUUCGUGAACCUCUCAUCUCUUGAUCUUUCAGAAAACAAUCUGUCAGUCAAAGACGGUGGUGGUAACUCCAACUUUAUCUCCUUCCCCCAAAUCAGAUCACUAUCCUUGCGUUCUUGUAACAUUAGCAAAUUUCCAAAUUUCUUACGAAAUCAAGAUAUGAUGGGAGAGCUAGAUCUUUCAAACAAUAGAAUCAGUGGUGAAAUACCCAAAUGGAUAUGGAAGGUUGGGAGUGGGACUUUAGUUUAUUUAAAUCUUUCUCGCAAUGCUCUGCAGAGAAUAGAACCACCAUUUCUCCAUGUUUCGUUCAGUGACCGGGUUGCUCUUGACCUUAGCUUUAACAAGCUAGAAGGCUCACUUCCGAUCCCGCCACCCUCAACUUCUUUCUUCUCUCUUUCAAACAAUAGUUUUAGUGGUGAAAUCCCUGUGUCAAUUUGCAACACAACAUCCCUUGAAGCCCUCGAUCUAUCCAGAAACCGGUUCAGUGGUUGGAUUCCACAAUGUCUUGGUGAAGUCAGUGAUGGCCUCAAGGUGCUAAAUCUCCAAGGGAAUGCAUUUAGCGGAACAUUGCUUCAAACAUUCAAAAAGGGAUGCAAUCUGCAAACAGUUGAUCUUAGCGAAAAUCAAUUAGAAGGCCAAGUGCCGAGGUCUUUGGCUAAUUGUACAAUGUUGGAGGUAUUAAAUCUUGGAAACAAUCAAAUAAGUGAUGCCUUCCCUUCAUGGGUGGAAGCUUUGUCCCAGCUGCGUGUUCUUGUCUUGAAAUCUAACAAAUUUCAUGGCCGAAUCAUACUUCCACAAUCAAAUCAGAGCUUUCCAAUGUUGCAGAUCAUUGACCUCUCUUCUAAUAGGUUCACGGGUGUUUUGCCAUCAAAUAUUUUUCUGAGCUGGAAGGCAAUGAUAGUGGAGGACAAAUCUCAAUCCAAGUUCCUUGGUAGAAGCCUAAAUUCAUCACGGGGUGAGGUAUACUAUCAAGACACGGUGACAGUUGUGAUCAAAGGAUUAGAAAGGGAAUUGACAAAGAUCCUAACUAUCUUCACAGCAAUUGAUCUGUCCAACAACUCUUUUCAGGGGGAUAUUCCAGAAUCUAUAAGGAUUCUCAAGUCGCUUCGUCUGCUCAAUUUAUCAGGCAAUGGUUUCACAGGCCAAAUUCCAACAUCACUUGAGAACCUAAGGGUGCUCGAGUCGUUGGAUCUCUCACGGAACAAUAUCUCAGGGGAGAUUCCUUGGCAGCUGACAAAGUUAACGUUCCUCUCCAUGUUGAACCUUUCACAGAACCAGCUCGUGGGAAGCAUACCACAAAUUAAACAGUUUUCCACAUUCACAGAUAACUCCUUCGAAGGAAAUUUGGGAUUAUGUGGACCUCCGCUAUUGAGAAAAUGCAUUUCAACACCAUCAGUAAUGCUGACUUUUGAAGAAACAGCUUCAGAACUGGAUUGGAAAUUCAUGUGGAUCGGAUUUGGAGUCGGAUAUGGAGUAGGAAUGGGAGUUCUUUGCUGGACCCUGACAUUAUGGGCAACUGGAAGGAAAGAAUACAAUAAAUUUAUAGAUAGGAUGUUUCUGUUGAUUUUUUCCUCUACAAUAUUUUCUUUAAAGCGAUGACUGUAAAUAGAUUUGGAGUCGGGUAUGGAGUAAUGAAUGGUGUGGAAAACAUGGUUUACAGAUCGAGAAGUGUGCUUCCUUGGGAGGUGAAGGGGCUGCUGACUUUGGAUAAUGCGGUCUUGGGUUUGGUCUCUGUUUUUUUUUUUUUUUUUUUUUUUUUUGGCUGGGGUUUCUCCCUGUAGUAGCUUUGUCGUGGUUUGUAGUUUUGGUUUGUUUGGGAUGAUUGGUUUUCGUCUGACGAGUUCUCUGGGCUUGAUUAGGCAGUCCAAUAGACGUGGUUUUGUAAGUGUUAUCUUUAGUUUGUAGCGUCCGGUCUGUUUUGUGAAGGUGGCUCAUGGAUGCAGCUCUUGGUUAGGUUGCAUGCUAAGAUCGCUGAAGGUUCAUCACAGUUAGGUUGCUUUCAGGGCUCUUCAUGGCUCAUGACUUGUUGGAGAAAUGUUCAGGUACGCAGGGCAUUUGAUUGUGGUGGUUGGAUUUGUUUGUU